CAGUCAUGCGGGCCACUUGCUCUAUCUAUGUGUGGAGGAAUGUCCCCAUUAUAACCCGUGCUUAAACGCCGUCCCCCGCAGAAUAGCAUGCAUUAUUGUUGUAGCCUUUUGAGUCAUAUUGUAUGUGAACCUGUAGGUUUGGACAUCAAACGUUUUUGCUCGAAGUGUUUGGCCAGCUAGUCCGACCGACCCGAACCUGUAGCCUACCCGUCUGUGGGCCGGUGAUGUGUUAUGGACUCUGCCUCCGCACAAUUAUUACAAGUGCGAUAGCGUGUACCCGACUACAGGCCCACUGUAAGGAGAAAGGACGUGUUUGAAACUGGGCGUACGUCAGCAAAGGGUAUACUGACUGGUUAGAUAUAAUAAAGAUUAGCGAAGUUCACACUAAGCUUUUUGGCAGUAAGAUGUUUUCCGUUCUGGUCACGGGAGCCAGCCGAGGUAUCGGACUCGAGUAUGUCCGUCAGCUUCUGGCUUUAUCUAGUCCACCACAACACGUGUUUGCGUGUUGUCGCUCGCCAGAAAAUGCUGAGGAUUUGCAAGGCAUUGCCAUGGAAAAUCCUUCAGUGAAAGUUGUACAGAUGGACGUCACUAAAGAAGACGACUUUCCAGCAGCGGUGAGAGAGGUGGAUGGCGUGGUGGGCGAGAGAGGACUGACUGUUCUCAUCAACAAUGCUGCUAUCUUCUCGGGCCACACUUGCGAGACAGCAACCUGCGAAGACUCGGUGCACCUCUACCGCGUGAAUGUCAUCGGACCAAUGUUGGUUACCCAGGCAUUUCUGCCCGCCUUGAAAAGGGCAGCAGCGCUGACAUCGAGUGACGACACGACAAUGAGCAUGCAAACGGCCGCCGUGGUCAACAUGUCUUCGGUAAUGGGGAGCCUCGCAAGCACCAAAAACGGAAAGUCUGCAUCCUACAGGAUGACCAAGGUAGCAGUCAACAUGCUGACCGUCUGCAUGGCCCACGAUUUUGCUUCGUAUGGUAUCCUAGCCGUGGCCAUGCAUCCUGGGUUAGUCAAUACAGACAUGGGCAAAAGACACGCCGGGAAACUCAGUCCAAAGGAAAGCGUCUGUGGCAUCUUAGACACACUGCUGAAGCUUCGAGGAAGACAGGCAUCGGGGAAGGCGUACCAAUGGAACGGCCAAAUACUGGCUUGGUGAUGCCCCUGCCUGGACGAGCAUUGCUGCACACCGUGAUGUGCUGUCAAGUUUUGAUAAUAAUGGUCCGUACAAGAAGUGAGGAUUUCAGUUCUUAUUUAGAGGUAAAAAAGGGUGAAAACGGUAACUUUUUAAAUAUUUUCAGGAAAAAUAUCUUCAGGUAAAGAUACCCGUUGAACUUUGAAAAAUGAAUUGAUUGUUCGUGCUUGGACUGACAAUAUGCUGCGUAUAAGCGGAAAUCAUUUUGCUUAUAUGAGGUAUUUUUUUUUUCAUUUUGCUUAUAUGAGGUGUAAUGAAAAAAUAAUAAGAUGAAGAUGGUGGCUCUAUGAUCUUCAGGAAAGAGAGUUAAAGAAUACCAUUAGAACCGCGAGAUUUCUUUUGUGCACGCGCUUGGACUGGCAACUAAAAGACUUUGCGCUGUGAAAAAAAUCCUCUAUAAAAAA